AUGCUAUAUCAGGCUGUUUAUAUCCUUGGAGGUGUGAUGGGAGGAUAUCACCUCCUUGGAGGUGUGAUGGGAGGAUAUCACAUCCUUGGAGGUGUGAUGGGAGGAUAUCACAUCCUUGGAGGUGUGAUGGGAGGAUAUCACAUCCUUGAAGGUGUGAUGGGAGGAUAUCACCUCCUUGGAGGUGUGAUGGGAGGAUAUCACAUCCUAGGAGGUGUGAUGGGAGGAUAUCACAUCCUUGGAGGCGUAAUGGGAGGAUAUCACCUCCUUGGAGGUGUGAUGGGAGGAUAUCACAUCCUAGGAGGUGUGAUGGGAGGAUAUCACAUCCUUGGAGGUGUGAUGGGAGGAUAUCACAUCCUUGGAGGCGUGAUGGGAGGAUAUUACCUCCUUGGAGGUGUGAUGGGAGGAUAUCAUCUCCUUGGAGGUGUGGGUGGAGGAUAUUACCUUCUUGGAGGUGUUAUGGGAGGAUAUCACAUCCUUGGAGGCGUGAUGGGAGGAUAUUACCUCCUUGGAGGUGUGAUGGGAGGAUAUCAUCCCCUUUAG